AUGGCGGCACCAGAGAUGACCGACAUGGCCCUGCUGCUCAGCAGAUACCACGACAAGUUCCCAGCCGACUUCCAAGCCGAGCUGACAGGCCUCAUCGAGAGCGCCGACCACUACGACCUCUUCAAGCGCAUCGAAGACCUCAUCGCCGCGCACAAGCUCGACGACCUGCUCUCCCGCGAGGACAACCUCCGGCGCGCCCUGUGCGAGCUCUACGGCACCCGCCACCCCUGGCUCGCCACGGCGGACCUCGGCGCCGCCGCCUGGCAGCGCGAGCAGGAACGCGCCCUCGCCGCGUUCCGGGAGCGCGCGGCCGGCGUGUCGCGCGACAUGGCGCAGUACGAGCACGAGCUGCGCGUGGCCAGGGCGCACGUCGCCAAGUUUUGGCCUCCAGCUGCCCAGCCCCGCUCCCCGGGCCGGCGUCGGAAGGUGCCGCUGGCGCCGAGCAUGGGCGGGGGUGGCCGGCGCGGGUAG